AUGAAACUCCAGGAGCUGAGUCUCUACCUCAGCUUUGUCAAGAUUAUCACGACAUUCACCUUCAGAUUCGUCAUUCAGCGAGUACAAUCAGCCAUCCACAGACACACCUAUCGAGCUUCACCUAACCCACGCAAUGUGGUAGUCGUCGGGGGUUCCUUUGCGGGAUCUUAUCUUGUACAACGACUCGCCAACACCCUUCCUUCUGGGUAUCGAGUUGUUCUUCUGGAGAAGCAGUCUCACUUUAACUAUGCCUUUGCGUUUCCCAGAAACUCCGUCUUUUCAGGACGAGAGUCAAAGGCGUUUAUUCCUUACGAUAACAUCGCUGAUGAUGCACCGGAAGGCAUCUUCCAGCGUGUUUGUGACGAGGCUCUCGAGGUCACAGAUACAGACAUUGAAAUGGCCAGUGGUAAUAGGUUGAGCUACGAUUAUCUGGUUAUCGCCACCGGAGCCGCUCAGCCACCACCCGCGCGUCUCAAGUCGCGUGAUCGAGAAGGAUGCAUCACGGAACUACAGGGAUUUCAACAACGAAUCAACAAGGCGGAGCGCAUCGCGGUUGUUGGCGGGGGUGCAGUGGGUGUCGAGCUGGUAACAGAGAUCAGAGAGAAGUACCCUGACAAGCAGUUAACGCUCAUACAUUCGAGAGAUCAACUUCUGCCAAGAUUCGGGGCAAAGCUGCACGAGCUUGUCCUUUCUACUCUUCGCAAAAAGAACAUUGAGGUGUUGCUGAAAGAACGACCGGCUUUGCCUGCGCAGUCUGGUCAAGCUGUAGGGGAGACACAGAUUGCACUUUCAAAUGGCGAAAAGAGAAUAUGGGAUUUGAUCAUUCCCUGCACUGGACUACGACCUCGAUCUGAUCUCUUGGCUGCAUUUUCACCCAAGAGCGUCGCCUCGACUGGCGAAAUACUCGUCAAGCCAACUCUCCAAGUCGACCACCUCCCAUCAUCCAAGGGAAACAUUUUCGCAAUUGGCGACGUGGCCCAGUCUGGAGGAGCCAAACAAGGCCGUGCAGCUUUGAUGCAAUCCGAAGUUGUGACGAGCAACAUGACCAAUCUCAUCAGGAACAGAACGCGCAUGGAAGAGUACAAGCCGAUUUACUUUGAGGGGGCGUUGAACCUCACUCUGGGAAGGGAUCUUGUUCUUACGUAUGUCAAACGAGGGGACUUUGAGUGGGUAAAGGAGAUGAAGGGGCACGAAGAUGAGGAUGUCGGUGCUGGGAAGCAGUGGAAGGCGCUUCAUGCAAAGCAGACUGUUUGA